AUGACCGCGCUGCCUCCCGACCACGCAGCCCCAGAGUCUUCGUCCUCCACCCUGCCAGCAAUCACCGCCACGGCCGCCCAAGAUGCCUCGGGACGACAGCCCCCCUCCGCCGCCUCCGCCGCCGCCGAACUCGCCAGUGCAAAGAUAAGCCUGCGCAAGUCCCUCCGCCAGUUCCCCGACUUCCCGAUCCCUGGCAUCGACUUCGUCGACAUCAUGCCCCUCUUCGCCAACCCUGAUGCUCACGCCACCCUCGUCUCUGCCCUCGAGCUCCAGAUCGCCCAGACCUUUGCCCAGGCCAAGCCCGAUGUAAUCGUCGGCCUCGACGCCCGUGGGUUCCUCUUUGGACCCGGCCUCGCCCUGCGUCUCGGCGUUCCCUUCGCCGCUGUUCGCAAGAAGGGCAAGCUGCCCGGGCCUUGCGUCACCGCCGAGUACGUCAAGGAGUAUGGCAAGGACCUCUUCCAGAUGCAGGAGGAUGCCAUCCGCGAGGGACAAAAGGUCCUCGUCGUCGACGACAUCAUUGCCACUGGGGGCUCGGCCAAGGCUGCGGCCGAUCUCGUUACCCAACUUAAGGGCCAAGUCAUGGGCUACCUUUUUAUCCUGGAGAUUCCGGGUCUCAACGGCCGCGAUAAGCUUGGCGAAGCGCCCACCACGAUUCUGCUGGAGGACGCCUAA